CACAGAAAGAGACGAAAAGGGGGGAACCUGAGAGAGGUACCGUAUACGGGGAUCGAAGUUUUUCACACUUCGAAGCAAUGUGCUGGAAGCGGCGGCAAUUAUUUGUUUAAUGGCUAAAAGUAACGUUCGCUGUAUGACGUUUUUUGUUUAUGGGUGUUUUCAUUUUGUAGUGGCGUGACUGUAGCGACUGAAGGAGUUCAGGGGAAGGUCGUUGAAAAAGCUAUCCACGUUUUUUCUGCACGUAUCCAAAGGAGUUCCUGGGAUGUGUUCAUGUUUUUCUUCGUACGUUUUAAAAGGCGUUCUUGCUGUGAUACGGUGAAUAAGUGGAAUACUUGGAGGUGCAUGAACCACUCGAUCAGCGACCUGUGGAUUACAGCAAGCUAGCCAACUCUAUCUAGUUAGCUAGCUAACGUUAGCUAGCUAGGUUCUUGGGUCGAUAGAAAUUUGGCGAAAUAACUGGGUUUUUGGAAGAAAGAGGACACAUAUAUUUCGACAUUACCAAGCAUUUAUCUUAAAUAAUUGCUUUAUUAUACGAAAAUACUGUCUCUGAGUGUUUUACCAAACGCACAUAGUUAAUUACAUGGAAUUUCAACAUUGGAACCUCGUUUAUCGUGGAAUGAGCCCGUAGCUAGUUUCCCAACUGGUACCUCCUUACUAGUUCAGCUAGCAGUGUGGCAUUUAUUUUUCUCCAAUCGGAAGACUUUUGUAUAAAACAGAUGAAAGUGAACUAUCCCAUACAAUUGUGGAAAAUGAAGCUUUUUAUUCGCACAUGUGUCACCAGAAGCCAAGAUCACGUUAUUUAGUGGUCAUUUGUUUCAAGGAUAAUCCGAAAUCACCAAAGUUAGCUGAGAAGAUAUUAAGAUACCGUUACAACCAAAUUGGACCCCCCGGCCCCUUUUUAGGGGGGCUAACUGGACUAGUUCUCGUCUCUUUUUGAAUACUUGUUUGUGUUGCAUUUCUUAGAAACACAUUUUAAACGAACUUUGGAUAUCUUCAAAACAACCCCCACGUUUUUGGAUACACAACAAAAUAAGAACACAAUCGAAGUCACAAUGCGGCUUGGGACCUCAGCGGUUGUUUUGGUUACUUUUACCUACAUUGUAUGCCAGUGUGGGCUAACAAAUGGAGAAAUCUGUCAGAGUAAGGACAUCCGUAACAACGUGACCAACCUGCAGUUGUUAGAGAACUGCACAGUGAUCGAGGGCCACCUGAAGAUCAUCCUCAUGUUCAAGACCAAGCCCGAGGACUUCCGCGGCCUCAGCUACCCGAAGCUGACCGUGGUCACCGACUACCUCCUCCUGUUCAGGGUCUACGGUCUAGAAUCCCUCAGUGACCUGUUCCCCAACCUGACGGUGAUCCGAGGCAACAACCUGUUCUUCAACUACGCCCUGGUUCUGUUUGAGAUGGUGGACCUGAAGGAGCUGGGGCUACACAGCCUGACAAACAUCACUAGAGGAGCCGUGAGGUUGGAGAAGAACCCGGACCUCUGCUACCUCUCCACCCUGGACUGGUCCAAGAUCCUGGAUACGGUGGAGGACAACUACAUUGUGUCCAAUAAGAACAGCCAGGAGUGUGGGGACGUGUGUCCUGGCUCGGCCCAGGGGAAGACCACCUGCCCCCAGACCACCAUCAACGGACAAUUUGGAGAGCGCUGCUGGACUCAGAACCACUGCCAGAGAAUGUGUCCCUCCACCUGUAAGCAUCGGGCCUGUACCCGACAUGGCCACUGCUGCCACGACCAGUGCCUGGGAGGCUGCUCGGAGUCAGGCAACGCCAGCCGCUGUGUGGCCUGCCAGAACCUCCAGCACCAGGACACCUGCGUGGACCGCUGUCCACAGGGAUACUACACCUUCAAGGGCUGGCGCUGCGUCUCUCUCUCCUUCUGCCAGGACCUCCACAACCAGUGCAAGAACGGAAAGGGCAACGACUGCCACGAGUACGUCAUCCACAACGGAGCCUGCAUCCCAGAGUGCCCGUCAGGAUAUACCACUAUCAACUCUACUACGUUGAACUGUACUCCGUGCGCGGGCCUGUGUCCUAAGAUGUGUGCGGGGGUGAAGACAGUAGACUCUGUGACAGCAGCCCAGGCUCUGAGAGGAUGCACCGUGCUCAACGGCAGCCUGGUCAUCAAGAUCCGAGGAGGAAACAACAUAGCAGCAGAGCUGGAGGCUAACCUGGGUCAACUAGAGGAGAUAACAGGCAACCUGACCAUCAAGAGAGCCUACGCCCUCGUCUCUCUCUCCUUCCUCCGCAAGCUACGCGUCAUCCGGGGAGAGACGCUGACCCAAGACGGGAACUACUCGUUCUACGCCUUGGACAACCAGAACCUGCGUCAGCUGUGGGACUGGAACAAACAUAACCUGACUAUCCUCCAGGGGCGCAUGUUCUUCCUUCACAACUCCAAGCUGUGCAUGUCUGAGAUCCGCAAGAUGGAGGAGGUGACAGGCACUAAGGAGAGAGAAAUCAAGAAUGAAAUCGGCAGGACCAAUGGAGACCAGGCCUCCUGUGAGACCCAGAUCCUGAAUUUCACCACGGUGCGCACACAGUCGGACAAGAUCCUCAUCAAGUGGGAACCCUUCUGGCCAUCAGACUUUAGAGACCUGCUGGGCUUCAUGGUCCUCUACAAAGAGGCGCCUUAUAAGAACGUGACAGAGUUUGAUGGCCAGGACGCGUGCGGCUCAAACAGCUGGGUGAUAGCUGACGUAGACCCUCCACCACGGGCCACGGAGGGGAAGGAGCAGGUGGAGCCUGGCUUCCUCAUCCAUCCUAUGAAGCCCUGGACCCAGUACGCCAUCAUGGUCAAGACCCAGCUCUCCGCCUCAGACGAACACCAGACCCAUGGGGCCAAGAGCAAGAUCAUCUACGUCCGCACCAACGCCACCAAGCCGUCAGUGCCGCUGGACCCCAUCUCCUCGUCCAACUCGUCCUCUCAGAUCAUCCUGAAGUGGAAGCCCCCCACGGACCCCAACGGGAACAUCACUCACUACCUGGUGUACUGUCAGCAGCAGCCCGAGGACAGCGACCUCUACAAGUUUGACUACUGUCAGAAAGGAAUGAAGCUGCCGUCGCGGGCACCCACCCACCUGGACACUGAAGAGGAGCAUAAAUGGAACCAAACAGACGAGCCUGGGCCAGGGUCAGGAAGCCGCUGCUGCUCCUGCCCCAAAACAGAGACCCAGCUCAAAAAGGAGGCUGAUGAGUCUGAGUACCGCAAGACCUUCGAGAACUACAUCCACAACGAAGUGUUUGAACCCAGAACAACACCUGCUGUAAGCAACUCCUCUGAUAAUAGACCGUCUCGUCGGCGUCGCUCAGUGGGUGUGGCCAACGCCACCCUGCCCCGCUUCCUGACCACUCCCCCCACCCUGCCCAACGCGUCGACCACGCCCAGCCCAGAGGGCGAGGGGGCGGAGGGCUCCAAGGUGACACUGGUGGUGUUCGCCAAGGAGUCGACGGUCAUCUCCAACCUGCGCCACUUCACCAGCUACCAGAUAGAGAUCCAUGCCUGCAACCACCCCACUGACCCCCAGCGCUGCAGCAUGGCCACUUUCGUCAGCGCGCGCACCCUGCCCGAGGAGAAAGCUGAUGACAUUGUGGGCCAGGUGAGCCAUGAGAUGGUGUUGGAGCACCCAGACUCUGUCCACAUCAAGUGGCUGGAGCCCAAAGCCCCCAACGGCAUGAUCAUCCUGUACGAGAUCAACUACAGGAGGAUAGGAGACCCAGAGGAGCUGCAUCACUGCGUGUCCAGGAAGACCUACGCCCAGAUCGGAGGCUGCAGGCUGCGAGUGGUGCAUCCUGGGAACUACACUGUGAAGAUCCGUGCCACCUCGCUGGCAGGAAAUGGCUCCUGGACUAAACCCACCUUCUUCUUCAUGCCCGACAAGGACAACAGUUCACUGAGCAUCAUCAUUGGUCCAAUCAUCUGCUUCAUCCUGCUGCUCUUCGUGGGGGGCGGAGUCUUCAUGGUCUAUAAGAAGAAGCAAACUGAGGGACCCACUGGACCUCUGAUCGCCUCGUCCAACCCGGAGUACCUGAGCGCUAGCGACGUGUACGUACCGGAUGACUGGGAGGUGGCGAGGGAGAAGAUCAACAUCCUGAAGGAGCUGGGUCAGGGCUCGUUUGGCAUGGUCUACGAGGGCAUCGCCAAGGACAUCGUGAAGGGCGAGCCGGACACGCGCGUGGCGGUAAAGACGGUCAACGAGUCGGCCAGUCUGAGAGAGAGGAUAGAGUUCCUCAACGAAGCCUCCGUCAUGAAGGCCUUCAGCUGUCACCACGUGGUGCGUCUGCUGGGCGUGGUGUCUAAGGGCCAACCCACUCUGGUGGUGAUGGAGCUGAUGACCCACGGAGAUCUGAAGAGCUUCCUGCGGGCCCUCCGCCCAGACUCCGAGAGUAACCCCACAGGGAAGCCCCCUCCCACACUGAAGGAGAUGAUCCAGAUGUCAGGGGAGAUAGCAGACGGCAUGGCCUACCUCAACGCCAAGAAGUUUGUCCACAGAGAUCUAGCCGCCAGGAACUGCAUGGUGGCUGAGGACAACACUGUCAAGAUCGGAGACUUUGGUAUGACCAGAGACAUCUAUGAGACAGACUACUACCGUAAAGGAGGGAAGGGUCUGCUUCCUGUCAGGUGGAUGGCUCCUGAGUCGCUCAAGGACGGAGUGUUCACUGCUCAUUCGGACUGCUGGUCGUUUGGCGUGGUGUUGUGGGAGGUCAGUACCCUGGCAGAGCAGCCGUACCAGGGCCUGUCCAAUGAACAGGUCCUCAAAUUCGUCAUGGACGGAGGAUACCUAGACAGACCAGAGAACUGUGAACAGAGGAUCCACAACCUGAUGUCUAUGUGCUGGCAGUACAACCCCAAGAUGCGUCCCACCUUCCAGGAAAUCAUUGAGAUGUUGAAGGAGGACCUUCACCCCAGCUUCCAGGAGGUGUCCUUCUUCUACAGCGAGGAGAACAAGCUCCCAGAGACAGAGGAGUUUGACUUGGACCUGGAGAACAUGGAGAGCAUCCCGCUGGACCCGUCGUCCUACUCCGAGAGAGAGGACAGAGACAGUCUUCCCAGAGACGAGGGACCCAGUCAGGGCCUGAGGGGCAACUACGAGGAGCACGUGCCCUACACACACAUGAACGGUGGCAAGAAAAACGGACGAAUCUUAUCGUUGCCCAGAUCCAGCCCUUCCUAACAUUUCCUCCUCUUUUCAACCCCUUUGUUCUAUCGUUUUCUAAUUUUUAUUUUUUUUAAUUUUAUUACUCUUUCAGAAGCCCUUCAAAAAACCAGAUCUCAGGACCUUUAUUAUAUUUCCUCCUCACAGCUGCCAAGCAUGGCGGCACAGGAUGCAAACGUUUUGGUACAUGUUGAGACAUUUUAGCAUCUAUCCAGAAUCAUCUACUACAACUUUCUACUGUCUUUAUUUAGUUUUCACUAUUGCCAAGUUUCCAGGACUGGUCGAUGGAGAGAAAAACAGCUUAAACAACCAGAAGGCUGCUUAUGAUCCAAACCUCUUUCUUUCUCUCUCUCUCUCUCUCUCUCUCCCCCCUCCUCCCCAGGCUGUCCCGUCUCUCCUCCAUUCUCCUGUUUUGUUUUUCAAAUGAAAACGUUUUUCGGAUAGUGGCCUUUUUAUAUGUGGCCUAUAAACAAAGAGAAGUGUAUCAAUGCUUGUAUUCUUUUCCUUUGAACAAUGACUACACAGUUUGGAACCGUGGGAUGGCACAGACUCUCUCCUAGAACAAAUGUCUAUUCCCAGAGGAAAAAGGCAAUUUUUUCUGCAGAAUACCAAACUUCACAGAUUAUUGUGGUGUUUGGUGAAUAGUUGUAAUUUAUUAGCUUUUGUUUUUGUCUCAUCUCUUUUUAAGUUUUAUUUCUGUGUCCUCGCAUUAUGGCUGAAGGAUAUUUAAACAGUUAAAGUUGGACAAAAAAGUUCCUCCGACUGACCAAUAGCUGCUGCUUUGAUAUAUUUUAGUGGGUAUAGAAUAUAUAUAGAAUAUAUAUAGUAUAUAUGGAAUAUUGGUUUUUAUAUCAAUAUUUUAUAUAUGAUAUAUACGAUAUUUAUGUUCUUGUAAAUAGUUCAUGUUUGUAAUGUUUUCAUCUGAGGCUUUGCUGGUAAGAUCUUUUUUUUUGUCAAUCUCUUUUAUUAUUUUGUAAUGUUUCUUACCCUGGAAAUGACACUAAUAGAUCAUCAAUGCUCUGUGCCUCAGACCUCCACACAUGGUUUUACUUCUCUGUCAAACCCUCAGGAGAACCCUGUUCUCCUCGGCAUCAAAGGGCAGCCCACCAUUUUAGAAAAAUCAUGGCAUCUUUCAAAUGUUGUUCUUCUGUCAGUGGAAGAGUUUGGGUGGUAACUAUGCUAAAACUGAAAUGGGAAUGAAUGGCUUCUUGUUGUCCUGUCUGGUGCAUCUUUGGUCCGAUGGAACCAUGGUCUAGACGUCGUGUUAUCUGUUGUUGAACAUUGAUGUGAUUAUAUUCAUGUGUGUAUCUAUGGUUGAUCAUUAGCAAUCUGUUGAUUGGUUGGUAUUAUCAGUGGGGCUAGAGACGUGACGUCUGCUUGCUUGGACAGACGGCUUGUCCUGAGGAUUGUACUUCACUGUCUUGUUCCGUUGGUAGUGGUGUUUAUAGGGUCAGAGGUCAGAGGACACUGAUUUAUUGAUCUAUAUCUCCUCCAAGCUGACUGGAGAUCGGGUCAGAAGCCCAUAUAGGUGGAUGUAUUGCAGGAACCCAUAGCAUCAGUGCUUGGAUAGAGAUCCCCUGCGGUACUUUAUACGAGUGGCUACCUAGCAUCAGCUCUACUCCAUCACAACCCUGUGUCCUCAUACGACUAGGUUUCUUCUGACCCUACCUCCACCCUUCACCCCCCGUCCUCACAUAACAACAGACAGUCUGACAGUCCAUUGGCUGUACUGCUCGCUGACACAGGAAGGAGGUCACAAUCAGGCUGCUGGUGGAAUUUUCCAUGUUACUGUGGUUGAAUGCUUUUGAUUUGGAACGUUCUGGAAAGUUCCUAUUGAGUUCAGAGGCUACAGCGGGCGGCGGCAGCAGAGGGGGGAGAGCGAGGGAGCAGUUAGAUGGUGUAUGUGUCUGGGUUAGCGGAGCGAGGUGGUG